GCUUUAUUUUAGGUAAAUUUGCACACAGCAGUUUUUCUUUUCUUUUGGGUUUUCCUUAUUUCAGUAAGUGAGAGUUGUUUCGAGGUUUAUACCCACUGCUUUCUUCUCCGUCAAGUUUUACAGAGUCCUACGCACCUAAUCGAUAUAGACUUAUUCAUUGUAUCAGAAUAAUCAAUUAAUAGAUAUCGAUUUUCCGAGUAAUUUAAAUUGGAUAGAAUCAACAACUGCACGCGUAUUGUUCAUUGACAUUCGUGUGUUAUUAUAAUCUUCAAGAAUCAAAGGGAUUUUGCAGUUCGUCAAAGAAAAAAACGUUAUCGUCGUUAAUAAGAAAUCCAUCAAAUUAGGGUUUAUAAUGGGAGCGUGUUUCUCAGACAUGAAAGGAGCUAAACAAGCUGUGGGAGCUCAACAAUCCUCAACAAGCAAUGACAAUGACGCUGUUGAUUUCUUCUACACCGCUCAAGGUUUUCAGCCAUUGUUUACGCAACUUCAGUUAUCUCUUUCAGCAUGUAACUUACUUGAUCUGGACAUUGCAUCAAAGAGUGAUCCUAUGGUUGUGGUAUAUGCAAAGAAAGGAGAUGGAAAAUUGGAAGAAUUGGGACGCACGGAAGUCAUAAUGAAUUCUCUGAAUCCAGAAUGGAUAGAAAAAAUUAAUAUUGCUUUUCAUUUUGAGACUGUGCAACCACUUGUAUUUCAUGUAUAUGACAUUGACACAACAUAUCAUGGUGUUCCCACCAAGACACUGAAACUGAAUGAACAAGAUUUCCUUGGAGAGGCUACUUGCACUUUAUCAGAGAUAGUGACCAAACCAAGCAAGAGUUUAACCUUAAAGCUUCAAAACAAAAGCGAGAACCAUAGUCAAAGAAAUCAAGGGGCGAUUACCAUUCAUGCUGAGGAGACUAUUGCUGCAAAGAGUGCUGUUGAGAUUAUAUUUCAUUGUUCUCACUUGGAUAACAAAGACAGAUUUUCUAAAAGUGAUCCUUUUCUAAGAAUAUCAAGAGUGGUUGAAACUGGAGGUUCUGUUCCUAUUUGCAAGACUGAAGUUAUAGAUAACAACUUAAACCCGAAAUGGAAACCACUUUGUCUUAGUGUCCAGCAAUUUGGAAGUAAAGAUAAUCCAUUGGUUAUAGAGUGUUUUGAUUUCAAUAGUAGUGGCAAUCAUGUACUGAUCGGUAAAAUGCAGAAAUCAAUAGCAGAUUUGGAAAAGUUAUACCAAGAGAAGAAAGGUGCCAAUUUUGUUAUGCCAUCCAAACACCAUGGACAAGAGAAGGUUCUCAAGGGUCAACUCUUUGUGGAUCAAUAUUGUGAAAAGGAACAAUUCAGCUUUAUUGAUUACAUAUCUAGUGGAUUUGAGCUAAACUUCAUGGUUGCAGUAGAUUUCACUGCUUCCAAUGGAAAUCCUCAACAGCCAGAUUCUUUGCAUUACAUCAGUGGAUCCGGUCAGCUAAAUUCAUAUCAAAAGGCUAUAAUGGAAGUUGGAGAAGUUAUUCAAUUUUAUGAUUCUGAUAAGCGGUUUCCUGCUUGGGGAUUUGGAGGAAAGAUACCCGGUGGCACCGUAUCUCACUGUUUUAAUCUGAAUGGGAAUCUAGCUAGCUCUGAGGUGGUAGGAGUUGAAGGCAUAAUGGAGGCUUAUGCUAGUGCUUUACACACAGUCCGCCUAUCAGGACCAACUUUAUUUGGUCCAGUAAUCAACAUGGCUGCACAUAUGGCUGCCGAGUCCCUUUCAUCGUAUAACAGCACUAAAUACUUUGUAUUGCUUAUCAUAACGGAUGGAGUUGUUACAGAUCUUCAAGAAUCAAUAAAUGCUGUGGUUAAUGCAUCUGAUCUUCCCUUGUCAAUUCUUAUAGUUGGUGUUGGAAACGCUGAUUUCACGAGCAUGGAGAUACUUGAUGCUGAUAAUGGACGUCGCUUAGAAAGUUCUACUGGCCGUGUAGCUACACGAGAUUUAGUGCAGUUUGUCCCCAUGAGAGAAGUACACUCUGGACAAAUCUCUGUUGUGCAAGCUCUUUUGGAGGAACUACCUAAUCAAUUUUUAACUCUCAUGCGGAGUAGAGAUGUGAAACCACUCACUUCCUAUUUCCCUCAUGUUGCAUCCUCUACUCAAUAGAUUUUACAAUUAGAGACAGCCAACCUUAGAUUUGAAGUAGUACUUUUUUGUGUUGGGUGAAGACGAAUUGCUUGGUCUCACACAAUAUAUUUACUUUUUUCAUUCAAAUGAAUUGUAAAUAGAAGCAUGAAUCUUCAAAGAUGUAGCAGUCUUGAUUAUAGAAGUUAGA